AUGCCGAACUAUGACCAACACAUUCCUCAAGUCAACCGAGACAAUAUUGAACUUUUUAUUGCCGAACAACAGAUGUGCAACGAGCUUAACCCCUCACCCUGGCUCAAUGAUCCAAGAAUUAGAUUCAACCUGGACGGAAAGUACAUCGAUUGCAGAUGGGACCAACAGCUGGGAAAGAUCUUUUCCCUCUUCUCCACAGCCGAAUUCAAACACACCCCAUGUAUAAUGACUACUACUACAUUAUCGAGCGAAGGGAUAAUAGACGAGUUGAAGUUGUCCUCUACCAACAGCAGGUGGACGACUGGAAGCGAGAAUGUUUCGACGAGUGGGUCGGCCGGUCAAUCUCCGCCAAUAUGGAAUAUUACAGUACCCACACAGACCUCCCCAGACAUGAGCUUAUCACAUUCAUUCCCUUCCUUGACGCAGAUAAUUUCAGACACGGCGGGUGCGACGACUACGGAAUAUACACCGUAUAUAAUAAGCGAAGCGGAGGAGUUAUCGCUAGGUGGAGCUACGUCGAACUGCAAUCAGUAUGGAGACGAGACUUCGAUGGAUGCUUACUCCCAUCCGCCAGAAGAGAACGAGCAUGGGAGUUUACAAGAUGGAUUAUGGGACUGGAAUUCUUUACUUCAGUCCGCCGAAACCCUGAAUACCGACGCGCCAUCAAUACCGACCACUAUUUACCCGAGGCAUCACCGUGUGAGCCCCGAGUUAGUAGAAACGCCGAACCUAGCAGUGAUGAAGACGUUCGAGAACUGUCAGUACGAAUGUGGAACCUCAGUUGUGCUGACGGACAAGGAAAUAACAGAAAUGCUCGACAAAAUGGUAGAAGGCGACGUUGGCGACGCAGAGACCGAGUUGCACACGCAGGAAGACCGGGAAGACCCAUGCGAUGGGCAGAAGAUUGCUAUCCCGAACGAAGCUUAUUCAUUAGGCGAACUAAUCGAGCAGUCUGGAUCCGAAAUCUCGAUGCUCGCGACUAAAUGCCUAGGGAAGUACUGGCGAAAAGUUGCUCUUACCGUUUACUACUAUAACGAGGGACGAUCUAAAUGGAAUGAAACCCUCACGCCUCGUGACUAUUACAACAUGAAGAUAGGAAAAGGCAAACGACGACAAAGGCGAACAGAAAUAUAG